GUGGCCAGACGGGCUGGGGGACACAGGAUGGCAGAGCUAAUAGGAGUAUCUAACGGGACAUGCGGACGGGCUGAUUUCUUCUAAUAUUUCAAGUGCUGUCUGCGUGCCGGCGUGAAGCCUCACCAUGCCGCUGGUGAAGAGAAACAUCGAGCCGCGCCACCUCUGCCGAGGGGCGCUCCCCGAGGGCAUCGGCAGCGAGCUGGAGUGUGUGAUGAACAACACGCUUUCUGCCAUCAUCCGUCAGCUCAGCAGCCUGAGCAAACAUGCGGAGGACAUAUUUGGCGAGCUGUUUAAUGAGGCCAACACCUUCUACCUGCGUGCCAACUCUCUCCAGGAUCGCAUUGAUCGGCUGGCUGUCAAGGUCACACAGCUGGACUCCACUGUGGAGGAAGUUUCCUUGCAAGAUAUCAACAUGAGGAAGGCCUUCAAGAGCUCCACCACUCAGGACCAGCAGGUGGUGUCCAAGAGCAGCGUCCCCACUCCGGUCAAAGAGAUGUACAACCUGAGCGACAAGCCUCCACCUCUCAACAUACUAACAUCUUACAGGGAUGACCACAAGGAGGCGCUUAAGUUCUACACAGACCCCUCCUACUUCUUUGACCUGUGGAAAGAAAAGAUGCUGCAGGACACGGAGGACAAGAGGAAAGAGAAAAGGAAGCAGAAGGAGCAGAGGCGCUGUGUGGAUGGGACACUACAGAGGGAGGUCAAGAAGGUCCGCAAAGCGAGGAACCGUCGGCAGGAGUGGAAUAUGAUGGCUUUGGAUAAGGAGCUGCGGCCAGACCAUCGACACACCAUACACCGGGACAGAGGCGCUUCCUCUGAGGGCUCGAUGUCACCAGAGAACAGGGGACACGGGCUGGAUCAGCACCACUACCCCAACAGUAUGAACCAUGCUGGUCACGCCCACACCUACUCCGGCCCUCCACCCAGCGCCCUAGUUGCCCAGAUGGCUGCCGGACACGCACCACGCGGAGUAGGGGAACACGACAACAGAGGCAGGACCAUGAUGGCCUAUCAGGGUGGCACACUGGGCCGCUCUCACCACCACCACGUCCCACUGCCUCCUCCACCCACUGAGGUUAUGAACGGUGGCUCUAUGUCUCUCCCACCAGUGGACUACAGUAUGGACGGCUAUGCCAACACUGGUCCUCCUCCCCCUCCUCCUGCUCCUGUCAUCCCUUCUGCUCAGACGGCCUUUGCCUCACCUCCUGGAGGUCCAAUGCCUCCCGGACCAAUGGCUGGUGCUGUCGGCUAUGCUCCGCCUCCACCACCUGUAUCUGGAGCCCAGGCUGCUCCACCUCCUCCUGGUCCUCCACCUCCUCCACUUCCAGCUGGUGCCUCCCACUCCACAACGCACAAGAUGUCCUCCGCCGCAUCCGCUGAGACCACAGCGGUCAACGACGCCCGCAGCGAUCUGCUGGCUGCGAUACGUAUGGGCAUACAGCUGAAGAAAGUACAGGAGCAGCAGGAGCAGCAGGCAAAGAGAGAGCCGGUUGGAAAUGACGUGGCCACCAUCCUGUCGCGACGCAUCGCUGUGGAAUACUCCGACUCGGAGGAUGACUCCGAGUUGGAGGAGAAUGAUUGGUCAGAUUAACACGAAGGCGUAAACAACCACACCAAAAGACACGCAGUCGAUCGCUCUCACGCUCACCUGAAAAACGCCCACUUUUCCACGUUCACAGGUCGCCACAGACUUAGUUGCUGGAAACACACACAUUACACCUACACACAGUCACAUGCUGUGGGUUGAUAUAAGCUGAAUGGUCCAAGACUGGAAAUCUGGGGUUGUAUUUGGGAUGCAUAAACACUGUAAAGAGACAAGUAAUAUAAUGUAAUGCUGACCACCCUGUGAAACACUAACACUGAGAACUGAUGACUACAUUACAAGCAUUGUGAAUACACCCCAGUGGAUGUUUCUCUACCUGUUAUUACACUAUAGACACCCUGUGAAGGUGCUUAUUUUCAACACAUUCUCAUCCCUGGGCGUCAAAUACAAGCAUCCUGUCAGAUAUCACCGUGUCACACAGAUGCACACAAAUUGGCCUUUGGCAUCCUAUCUGUGGCAAUAUCACAGGCCAAGAGAUACCCGUCCUCUAUUUUGCAGCAUUUUUGCAUUUAUUAAAUCUUAGAUAGACAGAUAGAUAAAAGACGCUGGAGUAAGGCCUCAUCCACGGUUCAUGGCACCCACGCACUCCUAACUAAAAUGUGCGCUGUACUUUCUGCAAGUCUGCUAGCGUCUGAGUGAUGUCAGUUGUCACUUUUAAAAGAAGAUCGAUGGAGACUCCCAGUUGUUAACCUCUGUCGGGGUUGUCACCGUGGAGGUGGUGCUGAGGGUAUUUAACCUACUUUUAAUCAUGCAAGUUACUUUAGACAAGGUGUGAAAAAGCGUGUGGUUCAUUACCACGUGGGCUGAAGUCGGUGCCUUAGGCGGCAGAUGUCAAAGAAAUAUAACAGGAAUGUUUACCCUGCUGUCGUGUUCGUAUCUGCAGCCGAGUGUAAUGGAGGCUUAGGCGUUUUAUACUUGAGCGGGGGCAGCGCGAAAGCAGUCCGGACUGCCCGUCUGCCUGCAGAGAGUGUUUGUUGUCAGAUGGAGGCAGUGUACAGAAAUAUGUGGUACAACCGGUCUGUGGGUCACAUACAUACAUAUGACUUCUAACAGACAAAGAGCUAAAGAGAAACCAAUUGUCAAAAACAAUGAGCUCCAGCGUAUGUUUUGUGCUCUUGAAGUUUUGAUCUUUAAUGUUAAUUUCAUGCUUUUCUUGUUCCCAAUGAACUCCGCUGUCACUCACCUCCCUAUUCCAGCCCACUCGUCAAACCUUGUCAUUAGCAUUUGACCUACACGUGCGUCCAGCAGCGUGCAGUUUGGGAUUUCGGAAGAUUGGACAGGAGCACAUUUUUUAGUACAGUGUUCGAACAGAAACACUUAUGCAGACAGACGCAUUUGCAGGACCAUAAAUUAUGCUUUAAGCUCUGGUCACACCUGGUAGGUCCUGUUCACACACACCUGUUCUGUGAUUCUUUCACGUUUCAAUUAAGGUGCUAAAAAGCACUCGAUUAUGUCGAGAUACAAGCCUUCGCAACAUGAAUCCUGCAUUUUGAAAAAUGCUGAUUACGCCGUGUGUUUAAAUGUGCUGCCAAGUGGUCUUUUAUUAGCACCAUGAGAUAGAUCCUCCGUCGCAACACACAUGCCACCUUGUGCGUGUCUGUGAGGCCCAGCGGCUCAGACAAACAGGAGUGUUUAACGUCCUGGGAAUGAGAACAGGUUGUUAUUUUAUGUAUAGUUAAAGCUUGAGAGUGUUAGAAUUAUUAGAAACUUUCCUCUUGAGCUAACCAAUGUACCUUUUUUUUAAAAACUAUUUUUACUGAAACACUUAUGAUGUAGAUCACCAAGCGAGACUUUAAUGUGUAGACAAUAACUGGAAUUUAUGGAGGAGCUGGCUGCAGAACAGAUGACCAGAACGAGCAUCUGAAAUACUUUGGGGAUGGACGGAUGGAUGAGACUUACUGAUGAAGAGUAUGAUACGCUAUUCAGUCGCCUGCUGUCGCUCACUGCUGUGAGGGAGGGGUAUCGGGAUUGGGGAGGGCGGGGGCAUGUAUAUGCUAGUGUCAGCUGUGUAACCUUUGACCCAGAGAAAAAUAAAAUGAUGAAUGAACAAAAA